CAGAUCUUUAAAAGCCGGUGCUUUGCCGUGUCUCUCUCGAUCUCCAUUUGUCUCCUCUGGCACUGCAGGGGACUCAACCAGCAAAGCACCAAGGAGAGCUACUGUAUAGAAACGGGAGAAAGACUGAAGAAAGAGAGAAAAGGGGGAGAAAUAUAUACAUCCAGAAAUAGCAUCAGCCACAUUUAACUGACAGAGAGUGACAAAGUGGAGAACCUGAGACCUGGACACAAAAUGCCUAUCCUUUCUAACUUAACAACCGUUGCUUUGUUGCUGAUUGCUCACUGCGGAUCAUGGACCGGGGCGAACCGCUUGGGCCCCUUCAAGGUCUGUCCCUCCUGCAAGGAUCCACUGGGGGCAGGCAGGCCCCCCAGGGACCACAAUGCUGCCGGCAGCACAUCAGUGUUGGCCCAGGGAGAGCCCUGUGGUGUGUACACCCUGAGCUGUGCCAAGGGGCUCCGCUGUGUCCCCCCGCCGAGGGAGCACAGCCCUCUGCAGGCUCUGUUGCAGGGAAGGGGCAUUUGCGCCAAGCACAGCAGGACAACUCCCACUGAGAGGCCCCACCCCACAGGUAAGACACAGUAUGCACACACAGAAAACCGUAUAUGCACUCUUACAUGCAUGCACCUACGGCUGGCACAUGCAUGGACGCUGCAAGUAGGCUUGUGUUGAAAGAGUCUCCUGUGUUGCAGUGAAUUGCAUGUGAUGCUGUGUCACUCAGCAGCAAAGGAAAGAAAGGCCAAUUAGUGUCUGACAUUUAAGCCUGGAUGCAUUUUGUGCUCUACAGAUGAAUUUGCAAAACCUGCAGCAUCCACCACUGCCCAGCAGUGCCUGAGGAGUCACUCUGAUAAAAAUGACAUUUCUCAUUACUGUCCUGAUGUCAGAGAGUUAAAGAAAAACGUGCAAAUCACACAGAGAUGAUAUUUGACGUUCCCUGGCUGUUGCAAUACUUCAUAAGUAGAAGACGUCCUGCAUUUCUAUGAUUUAACCUACAGUACGGUUUAUUAUAUGAUGAGCUUUAACGGCAGGGUGCAUGUCUAUGAUCUGUCCUACAAGUGAGCCUCUCUGUGGAGAAUUUCAAAUGAAUGUGAAACUGUCACAGUGUCACCUACAUCCUGAUCAGGCUGCUUUUUAUUGCAGUGAUCUCCAUCUACUGUUCAAAGUGAGAUACUGCGAUUAAUCAUCCAGAGGGGAAAUCUUCUGUUUGAAAUUAGGUCUCUGAUUAAACGAGCGUUAAACAGAUCUGAUCUGCUCAGUUAUGUCUUUUUCCUGUAAAUAUAAGGAUAGAUCUUGGAGUGUAGAUGCUCUUUAUGCAGAUAGCUGUUCCUGGAUCAGGACACUAGAUGUGGUUUGAUGUUAAUAGUUGGAUUAAUGUCACGCUCUUCUUUCCUCUCAGGUCCUCAUCCUUCACACAGCGGUGACAUUGAAAAAGUAAGUUCAUGCUUUUAUUUCAAAGUAAACACUAACAAAUCUUCUUCUUCUUCGCCUUAAUGAUCAAAAUCAUGAAUCGUAUAAAACAUCCUGCAAAGCAAGAUUACAUUCUUACACAUCAUAUGUGAUAGAAAGGUCUGUAUGUGGAGCUGCAGAGUUGCUGCCAUAGAUCCUGAGCUGUUUGGGGUGUUGCAGUGGCAUGUACACACACUGCCCUGAAGCCAUGCAUUAUGGCGCAUGAUGUGUGUGCUGCUAUGCGGCAGAACUAAUUGAGCAUGAUGAGAAUCAGGAAAGUUUCAAGUUGGCCGUUGCCUCCUUUGGAUUUUUCACUUUGAGAUCCAAACCUCUGCAGCUCCUGAUCUGAUUGGUCGAGUUUGAUGUGACGGGGACAGCUGUGGUCACAGAAUUGAUCAGGAUGACACAGUUUGAUUUCUCAAAGUGACACACACAAAAAAAAACCGCACACGUCACUUCAUUACAUUCAGUGACCUGAAAAGCUAAAGCAUUGUGUAACAAUAUGGUUAUAUAAUGUUAUACAAUAUGUGACAUCUGAUGUAUGUAUAAAUAUAUAUAUAUAUGUAUAUACAUAUUCUCUGCUGCUCCUGGCUCUAAUGCUGCAUCACUGUAGCUAAUCCUUUGUGAUUCACAUCGACAUGUGUUGCGAUCAAAGAGGAUUGCUGCCAACUCGACCACCUGAGGGGAAGAUAGCAGCUUGCUUCUGCCACUCUGUAGUUGAAGACAGGUUAGAUGGAGAAGUCACACUAAGCAUUACUGUGUUUUAAUCUUUAGGCACCCUGCCGCAAGCUGCUUAAUAGUGUCCUGAGGGGUCUGGAGCUGACAAUCUUCCAGUCUGACCGUGACAUCUAUAUACCCAACUGUGACACUCGUGGCUUCUACAGGAAAAAGCAGGUACGCCCCUGACACGCCGUGAAACGUGAAACUGUAACUUUGCCGGCUCUGGCAUGUGUGGAAAUGUGUCUGUGCUGCACUUUGAGUGGAUGCAUACCUGGGAGCUGCUCUCCACUGCAGCUUCCUGAGAUUUUUCUGUGAGAAGAAAUGACACUUCUCUCUCUGAGCCUCUCAGCUGUGAGCUCAGAGGAUCAGUACUGCGCUAUGAUGACAUAUCAUUUUCUCUCUCUUCCUCUCUCACCACCUUUCCCCCACAUUAUCUCCACCCUCCUUUCAAAUCUCCCUCCCUCUCUCUCUCUGUCUUCUUUUUAAUCUCACACAGUGCCGCUCCUCCAAGGGCAUGCAGCGUGGCCACUGCUGGUGUGUGGACGAGCUCGGCACGCCUGUGCCCUCACGUGCCAGCGAGGAUGGUACAGUACCGUGCGAUGGGGAGUGAGGGAUGAGGCUGUCCUAUUGCUCUGAGCCAGGAGGAAGAGGAGGAGGAGGAGGAGGUGGAGGAGCAGGAGCACAGGGAGAGGGGGUGGCUUUAGCAUGUGCUAGACACUGCCUGGACAGGAGGUAGCAGGGAUAAACCACUUCCUAUGGAAAACACACACCGGUUAAUGUCCUCUGUAAAGCUAGACACACACACUCUCACAGUCCAGCAGCAGCAGCAGCAGCAGCAGCAGCAACAGCAACAUCUGCCUGAAUGUUCAACAGUUGCAGCAGCGUCCUCUGCGUCUCCUGGUGACACGCUGCAUGCUCACAUUAAUGCUCCGUGAACUGCCUCAGUGAUCCAAAGCGGUAUUACUCCGAAUGAUCUCUAUAUUCCCUGGCUCUUGUCCCGGCUUUCUGGUAGAUUUUUGUUUUUCUUUUGACUUUAGGAUAGCUGACACUGCCUGUGUUUGUUCUGAUCUCAGUGGGCUGAAAUACUGUUACGCAGGUGAUGUGACACAGAUGUUUAAAGAAAAUGUGUCUCCCUCACCGUCCUCUCUCCCUCUCUCCAAAGAUACACUGAUAUCAACGUACCUAAUUGACAGGAUUUUUCUUUUCUAUUAAUUUAUUUUUGAGUCUGUAUUUCCAUCCAGUACUGCUUGAAUCUUACAGUAUCUUAUCUAUGUGUCGUCAGAGUCAGAAAAAAUAGUCAUAUGAAUAUGAUCCUGGAUGCUUCUGUUCAUUUUAUUUGUCGAGAUGGCGUUCUGACUGCUUAUUUAGUUGAUUGUUUGUACAUAUGUUUGAAUUUUGUGGUCGACUGUGUCUUCUGAAGUGGCAGACUAAAAGCUUACGGCUGUUACCCUUUUCAAAAAGUUGUAAGGCAUAUUUUUAUACACGUCAAUAUAAUAUUUUAUAUAUGAAUUGUUGGUUUAUUUAAUGAACUACAGUACAAUGCCAUGUAUUUUUAUAUUGUCAGCAGUUUCUUAUUUAAAGACAGAGAUUAUUUUAUUUCAUGUUAGGGGAAGUGUUGUGCUUCAGAGGCACUUUUAUGGCAAAACUCAUCACAUUCAUCAGAGCUCUAUUCAACUGCUGCACAUCUCAUGGUUAUAUCUUAUGUUUUCAUUUCCUUUUUUUAUUUAUGCAUUUUUUUAUUUUGAGAACUGAGAAUGUUCAUGUUACUGUUUUUGUUUCGUUUCGUUCCGGCACAUCGUACUUUCCGAUUCCUGAUUUCAACAGAGAGAAGAAAAAAAAAAAAAAACACAAACAGAUCAAAUUUCCUUUUGUUCUAGUCUGUCUCUCCCAAGUCCUUGCAAAAGUCAUGAAAUUGUGUGCUAUUACGGUGUGAUUAGAAUUUAUCUAUUUCUGAACAAACUUGUUGUGCCAAUGUGUGUGCCGUGAUGAAAGGUCUGUGCACAAAGGACCUGUAAGAUUUACAAAUAUGAAAAUAAAACAUAAUGAUAAUAAAAGUGGAGAAGAUUAAAACAUAUAUUAAUAUAA